AUGAGCGGCAGCCUCCAGCAAUUUAUUACCCCUGAGCCCGCGGAGCUCCGUUGGUUUGAAAGAGCAAACUACAUUGCCGUUAAUCUAGGACUCAUCGCCUAUGGGGUGACCAUAGUCACCAUUUGCACAUGCGCCUACUAUCUUAUUCACGAGAAGAACCUGAAGAAGAACGCAAAAUGGCUAGCGUUCAUUUUCGCUCUUUUCAUCGGCAGCACGGUAAACAUAUCUAUCAAUAUGACAUUUAACGAAUGGGCGUGGAUCGACUUCAGAGCAUACCCAGGAGGCCCAUUGCAAUUCUUAUUAGAGCAGCAAUCAAAUGUUAUCAAUACAUGGGGAAACUCUAUCUCGACUGCCGUUCAGUUGCUCAGUGAUGGCAUGCUCAUCUAUCGAGUUUAUGUCCUAUACCAGCACUGGUAUGUUAUCGUGGUUCCCGUUAUGGCAUGGAUUGUUAUGUUAAUCCUAGGAGCUUUCUUCAUCUUGCAAGCCGCACGUCCCGACUCGAGUCUGUGGUCCCACAUUACACUCAAUUUCUCUCUUCCAUAUUUUUCCCUCACGAUGGCGACAAAUAUCCUGCUCACCUUGAUGCUGAUUAUUCGACUCCUUUACAUGAGACACAGGGUCAUGAAAAUUAUUGAUAGGUCCCACGGCAAAACCUACACGAACAUCGUGACCAUGCUCUUAGAAUCGGCUGCUCUCUACGGGGUCGUCUCGUUUAUUUUCCUCGUUUUGUAUAUUAAAGGAAAUACAGCUGCUCUUCUGUUCAUACCGUUGCUAACCCAAGUACAGUGUAUUUCUCCUGUGCUUAUAAUUUUGCGAGUUACCCGAGGGAGAGCUUGGUCCGCCAAAACGAUAACGAAACUUCAAUUAAAUAACAACGCCAGAAUGAACAUGGUCAAUGUCAACUCAAACACCUCAGUUGAACGAACGGACGACGUUUCCCUCAGCACACUCCAGGCGAGUCCUAACAAGUCGCAUUUUAACUCUACAACGAGCAACAUCAUGUUCAGCGACAAAGUUUGA